GUCACUCGCGAAUUCAAACAUUGCAUCAAUGGAGCAAUUGACUGAUAAUUAUUUCCUCCCAAGUGGAGCUGGACGCUGCACGGAUAAUGCCUUUGGUCCAACAAGCUGUUCGAGAGAGUUUGACUUCACUUUGACCCCGAUCCAGUGGGUAUAGCCACAGGCGACAAGAUUAGAACUGCGCUCGAACGUUGGGAUUGGUAUAUGAGAUGUGCUGGAAUGUCGCGGGGGAUUCGAUGCCGUGCUACUGGACCAGCCGCUCUCGCAUGGUCAGAAGCAGCUGUUUUGUCUGGCUAGGGCUAUGUUAAGGAAUUGCGGGAGUGGGCUUUUGAUCCUGCAUGAGGCGACUGGUAAUGCUGAUGGGGUGACAGAUGCUGUAAUGCAGAAGGUUAUGAAGAAAGCGUUUGGGCGGUAUACUAUUAUUAGCGUUGCGCAUCGGCUGGAUACUAUACUGGAUUCAGACCAGGCUGCGGUUUUUGAGUGUGGGAGGUUGGCGGAGUUUGAUGUGCCGGAUAGGCUGCUUGGUCGGGGCAGUACUUUUCGGAGGAUGUACGGAGAUAGAUGCCUAGUGUGCUUAGAUGGGCUGUAGGAAGUGGCUGGUUCUGUGGUUUCCUCCUUGCUCUGGGCCCAAGAGAUGGAAAGGUGGGUAUAUACAAAGCCGUAUAAUAGACAGUCUAUAGUGAAUAUAGAUAUCCAAUAUGUGAUAUUCAACUCACCGUGUACAUCUCUCCCCAGGAG